UUGUGCAAUACGAGAGGUUCGCGUGUUACAUGAGGGAAAUUCAAAACAAAGACAAAUAUUUCCACGUGAGAGAGUCGAAUAGUUGUCAAUAUUUGCAUUUGCGUGUGUGUCAUCGGACUGGCGGGGACCGAACGAUCGAUCAACUGCUGAUUCAUCUAGUUUUCAUCGGCUACUCUCACGGCUAACUUGCCCAACGUUUAACCACAGCCUCUGCAACAAACGAAUGGAAUACGGCGUAGAUAGAUUAAUGGAUAGGUAAACAAAUACAACGUGAGAACAAACGACGUUAACCCGACCAUGGAUCUAUCAGAGACUGACAAUGCCGAAGAUGACUCUGACGAAUUGUUCUCAGAUGAUGAACAAAAGAAGGAGAUUAGACAUAGAUCCAACAUCUGCCAGGAUACCUCAGUUUUAAGUCUGUCUGAGACACCUUUAUCGUUACUUGAUUACAGUCCCAGUAUGAUAAUGCCAACUGAUGCCAUAAUUCCAUCUACACCAUUGAGUCUGUUGCCAUUUCUAAAUAAAAUAAAUGAACAAUGGAGUAGUGACUUAGAGACCCCACAAGCUCAGCCUCAUAUGAUAUCAACCAUUAACGCAACAACAGAAGAAACACCUAGAGGUGAACAGCGUACACCCGAUGUUUCAAGUGUUAAAAGCGUAGAAAAAAUUAUUUCUGAUUCUCCUGUUAUUGCUUCUAAAGCGUCGCGGAGACGUUCGAAGCGUCGUAUAUUUAGAUCUUCUAUAUCUAUAGACCCAUUGGCUGUAACUGACAAUGAGGAUACUACUGCAAAUGUACAAGUAGAAACACCUAUUAUUUCUGACGAUGCUAAUUCUGUAGCACAAGAUGACACUACAAAUGCUGCAAUAUCUACUUCUCUUGAGACUGUUCUUAAAGAUGACGAACCAAAAGUUUUCGGUAAAAAUCAAGACACAUGUAAUGAUGAGGAAUCAAAAAAUGUUACGAAUGAUGUACCUGAUAAUUUAAACACAUCCACGCAAGAGUUCUUUAGCAAUGUCUCAUUUAGUAAAAUAGACGAGUUAUGUUUGGACACUUUUAACAAUCAAAAAACAAUUGAGACUACUGUCACACAAUGUAACUAUGAACAGAACAUCGACAAAGAAAGGAACAUUGAGGAGGAUGAAAAUAUAGGGUUUGUUACUGCUUGUGGUACUUCAAUUAAUAUAUCAAAGCAAGCGUUAUUUAAAGCGAAGAGACUAUUCGCAGAUAUGGAUGAAUCCACCUUUGAUAUGAAUGAAAUGCAGACGAAGAAUUGUGAACCACCCACUAAAAGAAAUAAAUCUAAUGAAGAGAAAGAUAGACAUUUAUUAUUCUCUUCAUUCGUUAAUAACGUUUCCGUCAACAUUGCGAAAGAAGUGUUACCCAAACCGAAACCGCUUAGAAACAUAGAACAAUUGAAAAAUUAUGACAAAGUGUACACUGCAGAUUGUAAAAAACCACUUGUAAGUAAAAGUUCUAAUGAAGAAGUCAAUGAAGCUCCUAUUUUAUUAUCAACUGCUAGUGGCAAUCCUAUUAACAUAUCGAAGAAAGCGUUAUUAAAAGCAAAAGCAUUAUUAACGGAUGAUUUACCAUCCUCUUCAUUCGUUAAUAAUGUUUCCGUCAAUAUUGCGAGAGAAGCAUUAUCCAAACCGAAACCACUUAUAGAACAAUUGAAAAAUUAUGACAAUGUGUACACUGCAGAUUGUAAAAAACCACUUGUAAGUAAAAGUUCUAGUGAAGAAGUCAAUGAAACUCCUAUUUUAUUAUCAACUGCCAGUGGCAAUCCUAUUAACAUCUCAAAAAAAGCAUUGUUAAAAGCAAAAGCGUUAUUAGCGGAUGAAUCACACAAUAUUGAUGACGAUGAAUUAAUAAAAUAUUAUGAGAGAUCUACCGAUAACAAAUCUACAACAAUAAAAAUUAAGACCCUACCAUCAUUUUCUGCAACUAGUGGUAAAUUUAUCUUAGGAGAAUCACCGGUCAAAGCAAGAACAUUGUUCGCGGAACAUUUGGAUGAUACAGUAGAAGUAGUCGUUGCAGAGGAAACCAAUGCUUAUAAUAAAGAAACGAAAGGAUUAGAGAUAAAAAUGUCAAAUAUUAAAUUUAAAUCUCCUGGUAGCGCUGUUGGUAUUUCUGAACAGAUAUCGAAAGUAAAAAUAUUCGAUAAACAAUUGGAUGAUCAAGUGGAACCAGUAAUUGCAAAUAAAGUUAAUAAAAUCAACGAAAUAGAAAACAUGCAAGAGAUAAAAAUUCCAAGUAUUGGAUUUCAAACCGCUGGUGGAACAUACAUUGAUAUCUCAGAACGAGCGUUAUCCAGAGCAAAAGUAUUAUUUGCAGAAUUAGAUUGCUCUUUAGAAAUGGAUAUUAUUAAAAAUAGUGAUCGCGAUGAAGAAAAAAUUAAAAAACACGACUUGGCAAUUCCAUAUGGUGGAUUGCAAACUGCAAGUGGUCAAGAGGUACCGGUUUCGAACAAUGCUGCAUUAACAGCACGAGAAUUAUUCUCCAACGACUGCCUGGAUGAAAGUAAUCCUGACUUGGGGCGCGCAUCGUUGCAAAAGCGCAAACUAAGCGAGACUAAUGUAGACGGGAGCACACCGCAGGGCAGGAAUUACACGUCCGAAACGAAAAGGGCUCGUCUCAGCAGCGAAUUUCAAGGAAGAAAAUUAUUUUUUGAUAAUACGAGUAUUAGGACGAACAACGACGAAAAUCGAGAUCCUGAUAAAAAAAGGCAAGCCUCUUCUGUUGUAGAGUCCACCUCAGGAUCGCCUAAAACGGACUCAAUAGAAUCAACAGAAUCAGAAACAGCGGGUAGUCCUAUUAUAGGAAGGCAGUCCAGCUUGAGGAAGCGAAAGAGUUUAGGAUAUCAAAGGGAUGAAUCUAAUGCAUCGCGAGCUGAUAACAAGAUGUUAGAUAAUGAAAAUGCAACAUUGCAAGAGAAUGUUGUGCAAGGAAGCGCGACUUGUGGAAAGAUUGAGGACGAUAAAUUAAAUACGGAGGAACCAACGCAAGUCACGCAGGAAAAAGCAAAAGGCAAUAAUGCGGGAUUGAGCGAGUAUGGCAACACUCAAAUGAUGAUGGAUUUUAUUGAUCAAUCGACGAAGGUUUUACAGGAUCGCUUAGCAGCCGCGUUAGAACAGGAGGCGAUAAUCACCGCGAAAAGGAGACGAGCACAAUCGGAAGGAUCGAAGCAAUCAAUGGGUCACCUGUACCGUUAUAAGCAGAUUAAUUCUAACGCUCGUUUGUCGAUGAGGCAGAUCGGCGGUGGCGCACCGCCCAUACCGUGUUCCUAUCAGGAGCUUAUCGAUCGACGGAUAUCACCGAGAAUCCUGGAGAUCACCGCUGCGACCGCCGCGACAUACAAAUUCCGUUGCUCGGACUUUUAUGGGGACGACGUGGCACAUAGAAACGUUCGCGGAAUAGAGAUGGAGGACAGUGUACGUUUAAUCCUGGAUGAGAAUGGAUAUACGGGAAUCUGGGAGUUCCUCCGUGCAUUUCUUGCCAGUCCGGGUGUAGAUCCGAAUCUCGUUCCCGCACGCUGGGUCGAGAAUCAUUACCGAUGGAUCGUGUGGAAAUUAGCGUCGAUGGACCGAAUGAAGUUCGGUUCGGUCAAAUUACCCAGGGCAUUAACUCCUUCAUACGUUAUGGCACAAUUAAAGUAUCGGUACGAUCGAGAAAUCGACCGGUCUCAGCGACCGGCAAUAAGACGCAUUUUGGAAAAGGACGACGUUCCGUCUAAGAGAAUGACUUUAUGCGUGUCAUCUAUAAUAGAAAAUAAUAACGUAAGUAUGGAAAUAGGGAAGAGUCCGCGUAUAGGAGUUUCGAAAUGGAGAAUAGAAUUAACCGAUGGCUGGUACAGUACAAAUGCCUCUAUCGAUAUAGGUAUGGUGAAGAAUAUAUCAACUGGUAAAAUAAGAGAGGGCACGAAAUUGCUGUUGUCCGGCGCAGAAUUACUCAACUGCGACCAAGGUUUCUAUCCACUCGAGGCACCGGCUGACGUGUGUUUAAAAUUGCACACGAAUUCAACCAGGCGCGCACGAUGGGACACGAAAUUAGGAUACGCGCCGCGUUCGGGGCCGAUACCCAUCAAGUUACGUAACGUGUGUCCGAGCGGCGGUUUAAUCGGCAAAAUGACGAUUGUCGUCGCUAGAAUGUAUCCGAUGUUAUAUUACGAGAAAACUGCAUCCGGAGAUUCGAUUGUCAGAAACGCUAAAAGCGAAGAGAAAGCGCAAAAUAAAUACGAGCAGCAAUGUUGGUCCAAGAUAGAGUCGUUUUAUGCUCAAGCGGAGGACUUUCAAGGAAAAGGACUUUCUGGCGAAACUGAUGAUAUGGCAAUUCAACUGAGCGAAGAUUACGAAAACUUGUCUACGGAGGAAUCCGUCUCUAAGAAACGACAUGAUGAAUUGCUGCAAGAAUUACGACAGAAGGAGGAACGAUUCAAACAGAAGAUGCAGUCAAAAUUGCGCGAGAGCUUGCCGGGACCGCGACAGGUUUCUCAGUUGCUCAAAGUUCGCGUGUGUGAUAAAAAUGCGAAUGCCAUUCUUUCAGUUUGGUCGCCUAGCGAGGAGAUUGUCGAUGCUCUGAAAGAAGGCGCGUGUGUUUCGCUCUGCAACAUUGUGGCUUCCGGAAAGAGGGGUACCGAAUUGCAACUUACCGCGCGUCGGUCUGCAAUCUUUAAACCGGGAAGGAUGCGCGAUGCGUCUUAUCCCGCUAGAGUGUGCACAUCGCUAGACGAAAUAGCAAAUUCCGAGUUCGUUCCACCUUAUGGAGAGUUUGAUACGGUUGGUCUUGUCUGUUCAGUCGGUCCUGCUCCUUAUGGUAUGAGAGACUUUGAUGCUGUACAUUUGGCAUAUUGUAAAGCAGGUUCAAACGAAUCUUCGUACCUUUCAAUAUUAUUUUGGCAAGGAAUACCCAGUUACGGUUAUACAGAGAUUCUUACUGUCGGAUCUAUCGUAGCUUGCAGCAAUUUAGAAUGGCGGAGAGCCACUUCAUGGAAUAUCCCAGCAGCGUAUUGCACGGAUAGAAGUACUUUUACGCUCAAUCCUCGCCGAAAUCAUUUAUACGAAUCCUUCGAAAAUCUGCGAAACCGAAUCACGGAUCCAAUUAAGUACGCUGAAAGCUGCACUUUCGAGCUUAAUGUGGAAUUGCAAAAGAAGUCGACGCCUACUCGCUACUCGGCGGGUAAAAAUACUCCGAUUAAAAUGUACAGUUCGACGUCAAGCGCCGACAAAAAAUUGGUUGACUAUACGUCGCCGCUGGCGACGCCGAAAUUGGGAAUGGACAACCGCUUGAGUUUUAACCCAUCUAAUCCUUCGAUUAAGAAACGACUCGAAAAACUCCAACAAUACGGCGAGGCGCCCCAACUAUCUCCUAUUAUACUAAGAAAUUCAAAGAGGAUAUGUUUGGAUUUUCGAUCACCUAUCCUUCCCAUUUCAGAUAUAAACUCGACAAAGGAGACAACGAAAGCUAAUCAACCCGAGGAAUUAAAGUCCAGUAUCUCGGAAAAGCAUUCAUAG